CGUCCAUUGCCAAGGGGAAGUGAGACGACGAGAUGGUGGCAAUCCGAUGGUCCCUGACCCACGGCGACAAUGUGCUCACUGCCAGAGUUCUGUCCCUCCUGAGCAUGUCGCUGCAUUAUGCUUUCCACCCUCAUCCAGACCUGGCCAUCAACCAUCCGACGUGGAGGUGCGUGGAAUCACAGUCCGACCACUUCAUCCCGCAGACAGGAUGGACAUCAUCCGGGACAGCAUUCCGCUUGGCCAGAAAGGGCAGACCUAUUCGAUGUAUCGUCCAGGCCAUCGGGUCUGUCACUGCCGAUCGCUGGAGGCCUCCGAUCCAGGACCAGCUCGUCCUGCACGGCGUGGACAUGCUCCUGCCGGAGCUUAUCAGGGUCUACUGGAGUGAAACGGGCAAAGGCGACGAUUGCCGUUCUGGAUAUGCUCACCCUGAGGCUGCAACCAAGCUGGUAUCCAUCCCGGAGGUUGAAGCCGAUCUGAGACAUCCGUUCUGGCACGCUCAAAUCUGCAGACCAACAACUCUGCCCUACGCGGAGACUGAUUCCGCGCCAGCUGCAACCGCCGCUGCAGUUCACCUACCAGCUGGCCCAUGACGCAAAACUCUCCGGAGGUUCCAUGCCAGCCAUCAUGGCAGUCUCAUGGUGGCCCAGGUUUCUGUCGGGUCCCAGUUGAACAAACUGCAGUCCUGAUGGUUCGGAACCGUCACGAUGACCAACCAUCUGCUGUUUUUGUCAAUCAAUCAG